CAAGCAAUCCUCUUUGCUUCUAAUCCCUUCCCCAACACUUAACCAACCAACACCAGCACUACACCUACUUUGCUACAUUUAGUCUGCCUCUGGCCUUCAACUCAAAGAAAAGAAAAAGUCUAGAAAGCAAUCAUUUUCUUGGUGGUAUGCCUGAGUUUUUAAAUGCCAACCUCUCCACUACAAUUUUCUUUAAGAUUUCAUCAAUACUUCCUUAAUAGUUAAAUAGUUUUCCUCGUAAAAGACAAUCAUUUACUAUCAUUGAAAGCACAGAGGAAUCAGUUGCACAUAUAUGUACCGGCUAGUUAGUCACUACAACAACUAGAUUAGCGAAUUCAGCUGAUAAGAAGAGCACCAAGAAUGACAACCGCAAGAUUUAUAAAGUGUGUAACAGUGGGAGAUGGGGCUGUUGGAAAGACUUGCAUGCUCAUUUCCUAUACGAGUAAUACUUUUCCGACGGAUUAUGUUCCUACAGUUUUUGAUAACUUCAGUGCCAAUGUGGUGGUGGAUGGUAGUACGGUGAACCUUGGCCUGUGGGAUACUGCAGGUCAAGAAGAUUACAACAGGCUAAGGCCGUUAAGUUAUAGAGGUGCCGAUGUAUUUCUGCUAGCUUUUUCCCUCAUUAGCAAGGCCAGCUACGAGAAUAUAUACAAAAAGUGGAUUCCAGAGUUAAGGCACUACUCGCCAACCAUACCGAUAGUGCUGGUGGGGACUAAACUCGACUUAAGAGAAGACAAGCAGUAUUUGAGUGAUCAUCCAGGCGCCACACCUAUUUCAACAACCCAAGGUGAGGAAUUAAAGAAAUUGAUUGGCGCUGUUGCUUAUGUCGAGUGCAGUUCAAAAACUCAACAGAAUGUGAAAGCUGUGUUCGAUACUGCAAUAAAGGCAGCCUUGCGCCCGCCUAAAGUGAAGAAAAAGCCGCAGAAGCGAAUUAGGCCUUGCGCAUUCCUCUAAAUUUUGAUCUGUUUCGCCAAUUGAAGGCAGCUACUCAUUAAAAUUUCAAAAUUUUUUUUUUGUAAGAUAUGGAAGGCCACUCCAGGUGCCUCCAGUUCUAUUAUUCAAUAUUCUUAUCAGAUAUUGUAGUAUUUGCUACAAUGUUGAAUGUAUAUGUACACCUUUUUCAUCACAUACAAGAAACUGUUAAAAGAGCUUCUCAUAAUACAAUGGGUGCUAAUUUCUGGAA